AUGGAGUGGAAGAGGAGAUUACCCGGUUUGAAGCUGCUGGUGCUUGGCUUGCUUUUCCUGCUGGGUGACAGCCCGCGGUUCUGCCAUCAGGCGAAACUGGUUGGUCUCGACCACCGUGCCAAGCGCUUUCUCAGAGGCGAAAUCUCAGCCUACUCGGCAUCCGAGUUGCACCGGCUGAUGGCAGGUCCCGAGUCGGCCAUAGCGCCGGAUCCGGAGAAGAUCCGGAGAAGAUCCGGAGAAGAUCCGGAUCUGAGCGGCGGUUGUUCUUUCCCUGUGGAAUCCUGGGCCGAGCGCCAGUCGGACCGACAAGUCACGAGACUGAAAGGCCCAAGCGCAGCGCAAGCGAACCCGAAUCCCGGUGAGAUGGGCAAUGAAUCUCAAGUUGAAUUCCCAUUCUAUUCCCGAUUCCCAAUGCCAAUUUUCCAAUUUCGCUCGCGUUUCAAAGCCCGAAACAUGUACCCAAGGGCCAAAGGAAAAAUCUUCGAACCUCCCGCCUGA